AUGUGGAAACGCUUUGUUGAUGGGGCCUCAAAUAGUCACGAUGCCUGGCUAGGAGUUGUGUUUACCUCGCCAUACGAACUGACCAUUGAACAUGCCAUCGCGUUGGGAUUCCCAGCGUCCAACAAUGAGGCAAAGUAUGAAGCCCUCCUAGCCAACCUGAAAAGUGCUCUACAGAUGGAAGCCACCAAGCUCAUGGUGUUCAGUGACUCCAAAUUCAUCGUUAACCAAGUCUCUGGUGAGUAUGAGGCUAAGGGUGAGAGGAUGGCCAUAUAUAGUCAAGCAGAUGAACUAGCCGGCUUCGCAUCCAUGCAAAACACCUUCUCCAAUCCUUUGAUGAUCGAGUUCUUGGCCCAACCUAGCAUCGAGGAGCCAGAGACGCCCAAAGUACUCUGUACUGACUUGGGGUCAUCCUAG